AUUUAAGGAGAGAAUUUAGAAAGAGAAAAAAAGGAAUAAGGUAAAACCAGGGAAUUAAUUUAGAAAACAUUACAGAGAGAAGUUGAGAGUUUAAGAAGAAUUUUGGGGAAAAAUAAGGGUUUAGGCAAAAUUAACCAAAGAAUUUGGGAAAAACAAGAGUUUUUUGUUUUUGUUUUUAAAGAAAUCUUGUUUGUGUGUGUGCGCUUUAGAUGAAGAUUUAUGGAACACACUAGUUUCUUAUUAAAUACUCAGUACACAUGUUGUUUUAUGACUUUGGUUAACAACCCCUCGUACUCUUGGGGUUUCUCCAAUCUCUGUGAGACCAGUAAGCCAGUUCAUUUUGUGGGAGUUAGAAUUCUGUUCUAUAUUUUUCUCCAGCUCUGUCUGGGAUCCUCUGUUGUGAUCCCUGUCAGAGCAGUCAGUGGUGGUAGCUGGGCACCAUCUGGUCGUACUGGGCUAAGUCUGGUGGAAGCCAUGGUAGAUGUGGUCAGCUAGCCCUUUGGACCAAUCAUUGCCUUGUAUGUUUAGAUUUCUUCAUUCUUCCUUGCUCCUGAAGGGGUGAGACCAGUGGAGUAUCUUAGAUGGCAGCUCACAAGCUUUUAAGACCCCAGAUGCUACUCACCAAAGUAGAAUUCCCUGUGCCUGGUGGUCCCAGUAUGGAACAGCAGUACCAGGGGUGUCCAUGACCUAAGCAGGAUGGUGGGCCCCAAGGGCAAUCAGAGGAAGAGGAGGACACUGGUCCAGUUCCUGGGUGACCACUUCUACGAUGUGCAGGCUCUGAGGGAGUACUUUUUCCGUAAGCAGGCAUUGAAGGUACAGCUGGAAAAUCGAUCUUUCCUCUCCAUCAAGAAUCAAUAUGGCCCAUACAUCACAGGCGCCUUUUUCAUCCUGAAGCAGGGAGGCGCAGUCAAGUUUCAGGGCGAGGAGUGGAUCAGGCCAAGUGGGCGUGGCCAUUUCUCUCUUGACUUCUUGAAGUUCCAGGCAGUGCCUGUAGAGGCUGUGGAUGCCAGUGGGUGUGCCCUCAACUACAAUGGCCUGGACAACCUCUUGCCCCUGAAGGAGCUUCAGUCCCUCUGGCUGCAGCGCUGCCCCCAUGUGGAUGACUGGUGUCUCAGCCACCUCCACCCACUGGCUGACUCUCUGCAGGAGCUCUCGCUGGCCGGUUGCCCCCGCAUCUCUGAACGGGGCCUCGCCUGCCUCCACCACUUCCAGAACCUCCGCAGGCUGGACAUCUCAGACCUCCCUGCCGUGUCCAACCCCAGCCUCAUUCAGAUCUUGGUGGAGGAGAUGCUGCCCAACUGCAAGGUUCUGGGGGCUAACUGGGCCCAAGGCCUGAAGUUGGCACCAGAGGAACAGGCUCGGGAUGCAGCCGGCCCUGUCUCUGCCUAGCCUUCAACCCCUCCCCACGUAAGCGGAUCUCGGUGGGCCAUGUGCAGUGUCUGACCAGCUCUUCAUGAUUCUGCCCUUUGGCUUACAGUUGGGUUCAUUCAGCGCAGGGGAUGGGGAGCAAUGGGCUGUGGCCCUGGCAGGAGAUCAGCGGAAAGGAGGGUGUGUAGCCAUGGGGAUAUUUAUUUCCUGCUUCGGGGUAGGGGUGCCUUGGCUGGCUGCACACUUGGCUGAAGGUCACAGCUCCUGUUAGGCCACCCUCUCUACACACCUCUCCUUCCAAGUUCCAAUAACCUCUCCCUCAGGCCUGGGGGAGGUGAAGGCACCCUGUUGUAAGCAGCCCCCUGGGGCUGCACUCUCUUUUGUGGCUGUCCCACACCCUGCCCCUACUUGUCAAGAGACCCUUCUCAAGUUACCCUCAUUUGUGUGUGCUGCUGUUUCCUACAGAGACCCUGACUGACACAGGGUCGGUUCUUCCCAGGGCAGGACCGCUUAGCUCACUGCAGGCCGUACAGCACCCCUGGCCCACACUCACAAAAUGCCAGUAGCACCCGCCAGUCCCAUGGUUAUCAAUUUAUUGACGCUUGGCUCCAAAUUCAACUCUUGUCUACUCUGUGAAAAUGGAUCUGGGCCCUUAAAAUAUUUUUCCUUUGCCAACUUGCAUGAUACUAAGCUUUUUCAGUAGAGGGCGCAUGAGAGACAUUACAAGACAAAAGGCUUCUGCUUCCUGGUUCUAGUUCUGGUGCGCUCGCUCAGCAGGUCCUACAGCAUGUGCUGCUUCCCCUGUGCCCAGCUCCUAUGACUUUUCCAGCACCCUAAUCUGCAGUGCCAGGGGGCCAGCAGCUUUCCCGGCCCCCUCACCCAGUGGUUUCAUAGGGGAGUGCCUCUGCUGAGGUGCCUCCCUACGAACAACUCUUCCCCGUACCCCAGGGAGCGGAUUUCCAGUAAGUUCCAAGGCACCUUACUAGCCAGUCCCUCAUUAUUCCAACCCACCGUUAUAUUUAAUAAUACUUUGUGUUAAACUUUCCCUGUUCAAAUUUCUCUGUUUUUUCUCUCCUGAUUGGAUCUGAACUAAUACAGAAUCGGUACUCAGAGUAUCCUAGGAGAUAGAUUCACAAAGAUGGGUUUUGGGGAUUGGUUUGCUCAUGCCCUUGGGCUCAAGCAUAGUAUUGAUCUCCUUGCCAAUGGGAAAUGAGAGGCUAGAAACCCACAGCAUGCAUUGGCAUCACAGGUGAUCAAGCUGUCACCUGGUGUCGUGGUUUGAAUUGUGUCCCCCAAAAAUAUGUGUCAACUUGUUUAGGCCAUGAUUCCCAGUAUUGUGUGGUUGUCCUCCAUUUUGUGAUUUUAAGUUUAUGUUAAAGAGGAUUAGGGUGGGAUUUUAACGCCCUUACUGAGAUCAUAUCCCUGAUCCAAUGUAAAGGAUGUUUCCCUGGAGUGGGGCCUGCACCACCUUUUAUCUUACAAGAGAUAAAAGGGAAGCAAGCAGAGACGGGGGACCUCGUACCACCAAGAAAGAAGCAGUGGGAGCAAAGUAUGUCCUUUGGACCUGGGGUUCUGCAUGGAGAAGCUCCUUGUCAGGGGAAGAUUGACAAGAAGGACCUUGCUCCAAAGGUGACAAGAGAGCGAAAGCCUCUGGAGCUGAUGCCCUAAAUUUGGACUACUAGACUGUGAGAAAAUAAAUUUCUCUCUGUUAAAGCCAUCCACUUGUACUUCUGUUAUAGCAGCACGAGAUGACUAAGACACCUGGCGUUGGUGGUGAUGAGGUGCCAAAUGAGGCACAUGCCUUGGGAGCCCUAAUGAUCCUAAAUACUAGGGUGAAGGAUGCAUUCUUUUGAGUGCUUACAAAUAGAAAAUGAUAAGUUGAGGUCCUUUAGCUCAAGUUAGUCUGGGAAUCAGUGCUUCCAUGACAGCCCUUAAAGAAGUUCUUAUUUCUUAUAGCUGUGGGGCUGAUAGUGCCAAAAACCCAACACAAAACUUGAUUUUGUAGGUUGUUGAAUUAUGACAGUUGAAUUAACAGUCUGCACAAGUUUCUCAUGGGAAAGUUAGGGCAUUUGUUGGUAAAAAUGGGUUCCUGAAAUCUGGAAUGAAGACAUGUGGUUGCGACCACAGGAGACUGACAAUCUUGAACACCCAAGUCACUCUGCCCUCUCUGCUGGGGUUUGAGAAGACUAUCCGGCUUCCUGUGCUUGAUGCCUCGAAAUGGGAUGUCUGAAGACAUCAUAACCAGCUCUUGCUGCCACUAGGUCUAUACGUAACUAGGUGAAGUCUCAGCAUGCUCCAGGGGACAGGUACACACUAUGGCCAGGAAGGAAUAGUUUAUUCACCAAAAGAACUGCAAGACUUUCCAAAUAUAUAUGUAUAUAAAACCUGGGGGACAUGUACAGGAAUAGAUUCUAAGAGUGUUAGACCAAUGAGGGUGGAAUCUAAAACUGUUGUUAGGUGCCUUCGAGUUGGUUCCAACUCGUGGCAAACCUGUGUACAACAGAACGAAACACUGCCCGGUCCUGCACCAUCCUCACACAACUGUUGCUAUGUUUGAGCCCUCUGUUGCAGCCACUGUGUCAAUCCAUGUCAUUGAGGGUCUUCCUCUUUCGCUGACCCUCUACCAAGCAUGAUGCCUUUCUCCAGAGACCAGUCCCUCCUGGUAACAUGUCCUAAGGAUGUGAGACAAGGUCUCGCCAUCCUCACUUCUAAGGAGCACUCUGGCUAUAAUUCUUCCAAGGCAGAUGUGUUCAUUCUUCUGGCAGUCCGUGGUAUAUUCAAUAUUCAUCGCCAACACCAUAAUUCAAAGGCAUCAAUUCUUCGGCCUUCUUAUUGUCCAGCUUUUGCGUGCGUAUGAGGCUAUUCCGUUGAUAUGUGUGCACUUGAUAACAAUUCCAGAUUUAAUGGGCUAGCUUGUGCAGCUGGAGGUGGUUUUAACAGCUCACUUGGCCAGUGGACUAGAACUUGGACUCAGCAGUGACCUAUAGUUAAUGAGGCUGAGAUGCCAGAACUGCCCUGGCAUAACAUGGAAGAGGGAGUCCAAAGGCUUAAGGAGACAGGUAUGUUGGAUUCGAUUUAUCAUAUUCCAACCUCCCCAGUGUUCCACAAGAAAGCAGCUCUUACUAGCCAACCCCUCUGUUACAGUUAAUAAUUCCCUGUGAUAGUUAAUUAUUCUAAAGUUCCCCGUUUAAAUGGCUGUGUGGUUUCUGUCUCUUGAUUAGACCCAGACUGAUGCACAUAGCAGCCAAAGUUUCACGCUCAGAAAUUUCCAAAAACCCCCACCAGGGGCAG